CUCUCUCUCUCUCUAAAUUCAAAUUGCAGUGACAUUCUUGACAAAUCAAUCGUAGUCGCCUUCUUCUUCUUUGAUGACCGAAUGGCUCCAAGAAACCUCCGCAGCUUGCUCCUCUCCCUCUCCUUCAUCCUCUCCACCUUCCUCUCCUGUCCCGAUCUUGCGUCCCCUGCAAGCACGAGCUUCAACUUCACCUCCUUCCCAUCCCCCGCCCUCCGCAACCUCACCCUCCUCGGCGACUCCUACCUCCGGAGCGGCGUCCUCGGCCUCACCCGCGACACCGACGUCCCUUCCUCCUGCUCCGGCUCCGUGAUCUACGACCGCCCCAUCGAGUUCUUCGACCAAGAAUCCAACACCACCGCCUCGUUCUCCACCACCUUCGCCUUCUUGAUCGACAGCGUCAACCCGGCCUCGUUCGGCGACGGCCUGGCCUUCUUCCUCUCGCCCGGGAACGAGACCCUGGGCAGCCCCGGAGGGUACUUGGGCCUUGUGAACUCUUCGCAGCUGACCAAGAACACGUUCGUCGCCGUCGAGUUCGACACCAGGGUGGAUUCGCACUUCGGCGACCCGAGCGAGAACCACGUCGGGUUGGACAUCGAUAGCUUGGUUUCUAUCAAGACCGCGGACCCGAUGGUGCAGGGGGUUGAUCUCAAAUGUGGGAAACUGAUCACUGCGUGGAUUGAUUACAAGAAUGACCAGAAGAAGCUGUUGGUUUUCUUGAGUUACCAGAGCUUCAAGCCGCAAGAUCCUCUUUUGACGGUGGAUAUCGAUCUCUCCGAGUAUCUUAAACAAAUGCGAUAUGCGGGCUUCUCCGCGUCGACCGAGGGAAGUACCGAGCUCCAUUUGAUCCAGAGCUGGAGCUUCCAAACUUUUGGCUUCUUGCCCGCGAGGCCGAAGUCACGUCCUCAUAAUGUAUCAGAUAGCUCUGUGACAAAUAAGCCGCCGAUUUCUGUGCCCGAAUCAGAAAGCAAGCUUCAUAGGAGGCUCGGGUUAGGCCUUGGGAUUGCCGGCCCGGCUUUCUUCUGUGUGGUGCUCGCUCUGUUUGGCUACAUUACUGUAAAGAAGUGGAGGGACAUUAAAAUUGAGAAGAAUUUCAAAGCAGAGGUUUUUGCUGGUCCUAGAGAGUUCAGUUAUAAGGAACUGAAGAUGGCUACAAAAGGCUUUCAUGCCAGCAGGAUCCUAGGCCACGGAGCUUUCGGAACCGUGUAUAAGGCCUUCUUUAUUUCAUCUGGUACUAUUGCUGCUGUGAAGAGAUCAAAGCAUUCCCACGAGGGAAAGACCGAAUUUUUAGCCGAGUUGUCGAUCAUAGCUCGGCUGAGGCACAAGAAUUUGGUGCAGCUCCAAGGUUGGUGUGUCGAAAAGGGUGAACUGCUGCUAGUUUACGAUUUCAUGCCCAAUGGGAGCCUCGACAAUCUGCUAUACCAGGAAGUCGAACAAGGGUCCUUGUUAAAAUGGCCCCAUAGGCUCAACAUUGCUGUUGGAUUGGCUUCUGUUCUUACUUAUCUCCAUCAGGAAUGUGAGCAGCAAGUGAUUCACAGGGACAUCAAGACCAGCAACAUAAUGCUCGAUGGGAAUUUCAAUGCCAGGCUCGGUGAUUUCGGGUUGGCAAGGCUGAUGGAUCAUGAUGAGAGCCCUGUUUCGACUUUGACAGCAGGAACAAUGGGGUACUUAGCACCCGAGUAUCUUCAGUAUGGAAAAGCAACUGAGAAAACAGAUGUCUUCAGCUAUGGAGUGGUCAUACUCGAAGUGGCUUGUGGGAGGAGGCCGAUUGAGAGAGACCCAGCUGAUCAGAAAAUGGUGAAUUUAGUAGAUUGGGUCUGGGGACUGCAUUCUCAGGGGAAUAUCAUUGAAGCAGCUGACAAAAGGUUGAGUGGGACCUUCAAGGAGGAAGAAAUGAGGAACCUGCUGCUUCUGGGGUUGAGCUGCGCAAACCCUGAUAGUGCUGAGAGGCCUUCCAUGAGGAGGGUCCUUCAGAUCCUUAUCAGUGAGGCGGAACCGGUUCUUGUGCCGAGGAUGAAACCGAGCCUCUCCUUCUCCAGCAGCUUACCACUAAGCCUUGAGGACCUCGUCUCGGACAGCGAUGAUAUCAAGUGGUCCUGCCCCCGCAAUGUGCCAAAUCAAAGUCGAUUGAAGUGUUGAUCUCAUGCUCUCCCAUGCAAAAGCAGUUUGAUUGUUUCAUUCCUUAGAUUCUUGCCUGUAUAAUAGUGUUGUCGAUGUUAAUCCCAUGAUGAGGGACAUUU